UCAUAACUUUGUGGAUACUCUGGAAAAAAAAACAAAAUUUUCCGUUAAGAGAAUCGACUCGACGGUUAUAUUUUUCCAAAUUCAGAAAAAGAGAAAUCUAGAAGAGAAUUGAAGAGAGAAUGUCGAGUAGGAAGAACAGAGGGAAGAGCCAGUGGACGGCGUGGCUAACUCCGGUGAUCGUCAUUGCUUGUAUCGCCGUCUUCAUCGUCGUCAUGUUCAUCAACGACUGCCCCAAGACGGCUGCUGGCGCCAACGGAGAUUGCGUGGCAAAGUUUCUCCGCAGGUUCUCCUUCCAGCCACUAAGAGAGAACCCUCUCUUGGGCCCAUCUUCUUCAACAUUGGACAAAAUGGGAGCAUUGGAAUGGAGGAAAGUCGUGAAAGGCAACGAAAAAUGGAGGCUCGUGACAUCAAUGUGGCUCCAUGCCGGUAUCAUUCACCUUGUUGUUAAUAUGUUUAAUCUCAUCGUCAUCGGUAUCCGCCUUGAGCAGCAGUUUGGAUUCAUAAGAGUCGGGCUCAUCUACCUGAUAUCGGGAUUCGGUGGAAGCAUUCUCUCGGCACUCUUCCUUCAGAACAGUAUCUCCGUUGGGGCCUCUGGUGCUCUCCUUGGACUCCUUGGAGCUAUGUUAUCCGAGCUGCUCAUCAACUGGACUAUCUACGCCAACAAGGUGGCUGCUUUGGUCACGAUCUUGUUCAUCGUCGCAAUCGAUUUGGCGAUAGGUUUGCUUCCUAGCGUUGACAACUUUUCUCACAUUGGUGGGUUUAUAACCGGGUUUCUCCUCGGGUUUGUGCUACUGAUCCGGCCACAGUUCGGGUGGGAAGAGUCAAACAACGCUUAUCAGUACGGUGGGCGUGCUAGACCAAAGUAUAACCCGUGCCAGUAUGUGUUGCUCUUUGUUGGUGCUGUUUCUGUGGUCGGGGUUUUAACGGUUGGGACGGUGAUGCUGUUUAAAGGGGAGAAUGGGAACAAACAUUGCAAAUGGUGCCAUCGCCUAGACUGUUUCCCUACUUCCAAGUGGUCUUGUUGAUUUUUCAAUCCUCAA